AUGGCGACCUCCCGAGUACUUCGCUUUGACCCUGAGGGGAGACCGAUUGACUUUAGUACGUGGCUUACGCAGGCGCAGCGCCACCUUAAGAGCCAGCGGCAGGAUGGCGUGCACCUGUUCGCACACGCGUCCGGUACUCAGACUGCUCUUCAGCAGCCUAGCCCGCUGCCCACUACCCCACCGCCUACUCCUGAGCAGGAGGCCGAGUACCAGCCCCUGUUCCUCGCUCGCGACGUGUGGGAGUCUCGUGACGCCGCUGCCUGCCUCGCCCUGACCGACCUUCUCCCGCCGACAGAGGCAGUCCACUUCACUCAGGUCGAGUCUGCUGCAGAUCUGUAUAAGGCUAUUGUUGAUCGCUACUCCACUCCCUCCACUACUUCAGUCAGUCGCCUCCUCGUACCCUUUAUCUACCCUGACCUCGCCUCCUUUGAGACUGUCUCUGACCUCGUUACCCACCUUCGCUCCCUUGACGCUCGCUUUCGCGCUGCUUGCACUGAGGACCAGCUUGCCCUUGCCCCGCCCCCUAUGUGGCUCACUAUUCACUGGCUAGUCAGUCGCAUCCCUGACCGCCUAGCCACAGCCAACGACGCGCUUCUUUUGAAGCACCCCACUGAGCUUACCAUCGAUCUUCUUGAGACCGCUCUCUCGAAGAUCGAGAGUAACCUCCUCGCUGUUGCCUCUGCCUCUUCCGCGCCUCCUCCUCGUCUUUUUGAGGGGUGUGCGAAACGUGGCAAGGCCGGUAAGAAGGGCAGGAAAGGCGGCGGGGGUACUGGGGGUGGUGCGGGUAGUGGCGGUGGUGGUGGAGCUGGUGGUGGGAGUGGUGGUGGGGGUGGCUCGGGACCUGACGGCCCUCCUCUCGACGGUGGAGUUUUUUAUUGGUGGUGA